GCAAAAGCCAAAAACAAUUUUACUUGAACGACGUCGAUAUUUUUCGCUCUUGAGUUUUCUUUCUCAUUGUUUUGGCUGUAGAAUUGAUUUGACAAUACGGUUGUCGAUUUCACUAUCUAAUCGUAAUGAACUUGUGAUCGCAAAAUAAUCUAUUUGAUAAAAAUAUCAGUGAUUUAUCGUAAUGUAAUAGACGUUCUAUUCAUCAAAGCGUAACAGUGAGAGGUGAAGAUUACUAAAUACCUAAAGAAUUCUAUUUUUUUCUCGCGACAAAUGUGAAUUGGUGCUCGUUAUGGAGGAUUAUAAGUUUCUAUUUAAAGUAGUAUUAGUUGGGAAUGCAGGAGUUGGGAAAACAUGUUUGGUACGUCGUUUUACUCAGGGUCUUUUUCCACCUGGCCAGGGUGCUACGAUUGGAGUGGAUUUCAUGAUAAAAACUGUAGAAGUGGACGGUGAGAAAGUGAAGUUGCAAAUAUGGGACACCGCUGGCCAAGAGAGGUUCCGUUCAAUUACUCAGAGCUACUACAGAUCUGCUCAUGCUCUGAUACUGGUGUAUGACAUAUCUUGCCAGCCGACGUUUGACUGUCUACCUGAUUGGCUUAGAGAAAUUGAAGAAUAUGCCAACAAUAAAGUUCUUAGGAUAUUAGUUGGUAACAAAACUGAUCGGGAAGACAGGGAGAUACCGAGGCACAUUGGCGAAGACUUUGCACAGCGCCACGGCAUGUAUUUCUUAGAGACAUCAGCUAAAGAAGCUGAAAAUGUCGAGCGAUUAUUUAUGGAAAUAGCUGUUGAACUCAUGGAACAAGCAAAAUGCAAGGAGUUGCCGAAAUAUGACGGUAGCUUAGGACCGAUCAACGGAAAAACAACGUCGGUAGGUGACGGUUCGUGUUGUCUACGCUCGUAAACUUAACGAAUUUAUCUCAUUGAUAUUAAAAUAGUUAAAAUCUGCUGCGGUGUUUUUGAAAAGAGACUUUAUUAGUUUCUACUAAAGGUAGGUUUUAAGAUGCAAGCAAUAGUAUAUUUUUGAGGGAUUGAGGCGUAUUCGUCACUUUUAUUUAAAUUGAAUGUUGCAUUAAUCUUUUUUCUUUUUUUUUUCAUUUAAAUGGGUUGUGGAAAGAAUAUGCUAAAAGUACAUAAUAUUUUCGUGCGUUGAAAAUAAGUCAAUAUAAAUACAAUUUAAUAAAUAACUCCAUACCACGUCACUAUACUGACAAAAGGAAUUGAUAUUUUGUUGUUAACGAAUUAGUAAGUACCUAUCGAUUUUAUAGAUAUUUUUAGUCGAUUUUUUUAUAUUAAUCGUUUUAUUUUUUUAUAUUCUUGCCAACGAACGAACGACGGACUGACAAGAAUUUUUUAUUUGUAUAUUUUGUUUUAAAGCAUUAAUACUUUUCACUAACACCGCGACAGUCAUGUCGUAUAUUUCGUAGGACGGAAGUCAUUCCACUCGCUUUAAGUGCUGUGCCGUUGUCACAAUGUCAUGACGUUUGUUGUCAUAAUGUCAUUUUCAUGUCACUAAUUCAUGUCAAUUCGUAGAAGUAGUGUUGAUACCAUUAUAUUGCAUAUCAAGUAUUAAUUCUAUUAAUUAUAGUUAAAAAUUGAGACCAAGCAUAGGUUUACUCGACUAAAAUACAGCUGGUUGUAUAUCUGUUAUAAUGGUUUAGUGUUAGGUCUUAUGUUCUAAGCAGUAAGGUUGACUUUCACCAAGUAUUAUUACGGAUGUGCGAUUGGCUGUAUACACAUACACAUAACGUUUAAUGGACGACGGCGUAGAUUGGUUAAAUCUUUGGCAGACAUCAAGGUUUGUUUUUUAAUACGAGAAAUGCAUAAUAUUGUUAACAUGGUACAUGACACGCGUUUAAUAUUAAAAUUACCGCAACGACAGCCUUAAACUGUUUGUAGAUUUAAAUAAGGCAUCAAUCAUAAUCGGCAGGCAUAAUAACUAAAUACGAGAUCAAAAACUGUUGUGACAAUAGAGAAAGACUAAAAUCAUUAAUAAUUUAGUCGAUUAAUCGAUUACGCUUAUCCCUGGAUUUAGUCGUUUAAAAUCAAUAUCUGUAAUUAAAUAUCAGUUCUUAGAUUGAUUUACAAUUAAGAAUAAAAACGAGUUCAACAAAUUAUAUCGUAUCUUCGUGUCAAGGAAGGUAGCGUGGAGUUAAUUGGUUUAUAUUAUAAAUCAUGUUAAGAUGUAAUUAGUGAUAAUUGUACGUUGUAAAUCAAUUGUCUGAUGUCUGACAAAGAUUCGUUCUACGCUAGUAACGUCAGGAUAGUCAUGACAUUGUAUCAAUGUAGUAAACGAUUUUGCUGUUUGCAACUUUUGUUAUUAAUAUGAUAAAUUAGUACCUAUUGCCCAAAUUGUUCGUAAAAAUGUUGCAAAGUAAUAUUUUCGUUUAAUUAUUAUUGAUCCAUUUUAUCAUUUGAAUGCCAUGUUCCUUAGAACUUUAAUUUACGUUUUAAAUUCGUAAAGUCAAAGAAUUAUGAUAAUGAAUCCAGUAUUGAUAUUGUACUUAAUUUUAUUUUAUUAUUAAUUUAUUUCACUUAAAAGAUUGUAGUAUUAUUUUGAAGCAUUUUUACACAAUGUGAGAGGGCUUAGAACAUCUCUCGGAGUGGUUACUAGAUAAUGUAGGGUAAUGUUACUGAAAUACUAUUUUGUAGACGAUUACCUAGAUUUUAAUGUACUCUAAUGUUAGAAUUGAUAGUCACAGGAAUUACAGAAUCAGAGACUGUCUUACUACAGGACAAUAUGCAUGUUUUGAAUGAAAUUGAAGUGUAGACAUGGACAUGGAAGUUUUCUCGUGUUGUAGUGAAUUUUAUUACUUGUCAUAGUCGUUAGAUUCAAAUUUUAUCUUUUGCUCUAUAAUUUUAAUAGCAAUGUUCGUUCUGUUAGCAUUUACAUACAUUUAUGUGAAUAUGUUCCCUUAAAAUAAGCAACAACUUCAAUUUCAUUUAUAAAUUAAUACAGUUUUGUGAGAAAAAUGUUGAUGAAUGAUAGACUAAGAUCAGUAUUUGUUACAUUCCUAAAAUGCAUAGUUGGAAUAAAUUGUUGUAUUUUCUACAUAUUUUUUUUAUUCAUUCAAGAAAUGUUAAUAAUGUGAUCUCUUUUAAAAAUAUAUUAUUUUGUAAUAGAAUUUGACUAGAUAUUACGAUACACAUACAUAUUAUUGUACAUUUAUUAAUUUUGCUAGUUUAUCAUAAAAGCUACAUAAUAGUGUUUUAGUAAAUUGUUAAUUUUAACUUAGUGUUAAACGAUUAUAUUUAUUUUCUUGUUGUAGGUGCCCAUUUUGGAAUUUUAUAUGUUAAUUUUUUAUACUAAACAUCACACGUAACUGUAUAAUGCACUUGAUGUUUUAAAUGAUUUUUUAUAUUAAAGUUAUAUAUUUCAUGUUGUUCGUAAUUUUGUGCAAUAUAAAGUUUAUUUUUGUCGGCCACACUUGCCUAGUUGACAUUGCUAUGUUUUAUUGAUUAACAUACAUAAAUAUAUUUUAAAUCAUGUUAUGAAUUGCGUAUUUCUAUGCUUUUGUACAAUGUUGUAUUAGUCCGAUACAGUUUAAUGUUGAUUUGUGGCUGGUUGCACUAUUAUUGGAUCUGAAAUAUCUAAUUGAAUAAAUAUUUCUCCAUAUUACAUUGAUUAUAAUUAUAUUGAAAUUAAUCCUCACCAAAGAAAUUGAAUUAUUGUAAUACUCGGAAUAUAAUAAAUCACUUUGGAUAUA